AUUUUCCUAACCCCUGCACCCUUAGUUAGUUUUAAGUGACUUCAAAUCACAAAUUCUUGACACAAUCCUACACACCCCCAAAUAUAGUCACUCACUAGCUAAUUAAAAGAACAAAAAAAGUCCCAAAAUGUACAUACGCAGAAGAAACUGCAUAAUCCUGAAACUACUCCUGGUGGUGAUGGUGGUGGUGCCAGUGAUAUCUAGCGGAGUAUGGCUGAGCCACCAGCCGAGCACGAGGUGCGAAAGGCAUCUCAACACACCCUUUAUCGUGUUAGGAGUCUUCCUCCUCCUUCUAUCCUUGGCUCACUUGGUGCUUUACAAUCACCAAGCUGCUGAUAACUGCAUCAACUUUAGCUUCUUUGUGCUCUUUCUUGUUCUGUUAGGCUACACCAUUUUCGCUCUCGUUGUUACCACCACCACCACUACCUCAACCCAAGGUAGCUACUCUAAGUGGCUUCACAAUCGUGUGCUUGACAACCACCAUUGGCGCCAUAUCAGAGAUUGUUUUAUUUUUAAGACUAAAGUGUGUUCACCUUUACUUGAUAAUCACCAGCAGUUAAAACAUCUUUCCUUUCUUCAGAUUGGUUGCUGCACGCCAUUGAAAGAAUGCAAUUUUACGUACACUAGCCGUGACGUUUGGACACACCCAAGAAAUGAUACAAUUCGAAAACUGGACGAAUGUGAUGAAUGGAGUAAUGAUCCAUAUGUACUUUGCUUCAAUUGUCAAUCAUGCAAGGAUGGUUUCCUCCAUGACAUUCAAAAAACCUGGAAGAAGGCUGCUAUCAUUAACAUUAUUGUCAUAUUCUCCCUUGCCACGCUUUGGUGGUGCGGCGAUUGUGGACCUGAUCCUGAAGACGAUGAUGUUUAACUCGAAUCAGAAAAUAUCCUAUACAACCGUUAUAUUGUACCUUGGUAACGAAGAUGUUAAACUCGAAUUAGAAAAUAUCCUAUACAACCGUUAUAUUGUACCUUGGUAACGAAGAUGUUAAACUCGAAUUAGAAAAUAUCUUAUACAACCGUUAUAUUGUACCUUGGUAACGAAGAUGUUAAACUCGAAUUAGAAAAUAUCCUAUACAACCGUUAUAUUGUACCUUGGUAACGUACCAUUAUAUUUGGUCCUAGAAGCUUGCAUUGUUUGCUAAAUUGUUGAAACUUCUAUUGUUUCCCUAAGGGGAAAUGAAGUUUUUAGGAGAAUUUGUAUUGUUUGCUUUACCUUACAAUAUCACAAUUCUCAUUGGUAGUUCCAUGUUUUACUUUCAUAGUUUUUGGUAAUCAAUAAAUUAAAGUAAUUUAUUUUGUGAAA